GAGCAGAGUACACAAAUGUUUCAGGAUUUGGGGAAUGUGGCUGUGCAAACAGAUGCGUUGAGCCCGCUUGCUCUUUUCAACGAGCAGAGUACACAGACGUUUCAGGAUUUGGGGAAUGUGGCUGUGCAAACUGAUGCAUUGAUCCCGCUUGCUCUUUUCAACGAGCAGAGUACACAGACGUUUCAGGAUUUGGGGAAUGUGGCUGUGCAAACAGAUGCAUUGAGCCCGCUUGCUCUUUUCAACGAGCAGAGUACACAAACUUUUGUGGGAAGGAACCAAACGUUGUCUAUGAAUCCGGGAUCUGUAGCUGGAAUGAAGGGUCGGAUGUCACUCCAUUCACGGGCAAAGGCGCCUUCAGUGACAUAUGAGUAUGGACUUGUGACUCCCACUUCCAUUUGUUAUGUUAGCGGAGCAGAAGCUAUAGCACUUGCCAUUUAUGCUGUCGGGCAGUGGGUUGAGAACGUUAAAUUAGAUAUCCAUGCCUCAGAUUAUGUUUUUGUGGGUUUAAACGUGGAUGGGUGGUGGCAAUGGCGGCGACAGGCCCUGGAACAACUAGAUGCCGCCUCCUAUGUUGUCAGAGCCUACAACGAUGGUACAGAUCCAUUGUGGUGGUGUGGGGUGUUGACUUCUGCUCUUUUGGAUUUGGACAUGGAACGUAAUAUGUCAGUUAGUGAUUUCCUUGUGGUCAGCUGUGGUUGUCAUGUGGGUGCAGAAACAGCCUGCACUCCGAUUACCAUUAAUGAGAUGGUGACGGUUUUGGAAACAAUUCCAAACUGUUGCUUGCUGAUGGCGAAAAAAGACUCGGUCGUUGGUGAUCGCCUUGCGCUUGUACUGAAGGUUUCUGUACUUGAGAAUGAGACGCCAUUUUAUAUUGUGAGACCCAGUGAUGAUGCUGAAAAGGCCGAGGGAACCGUUGGACUAGACGCUAUGCGCAUGUUAAUAGGCGAGUGGCGUUCUAGCGGUGAAUUAUUGAUCGAGUUUGAUUCCUUUCGAGCAGUAAGAUGCUUCUCAUCGGAUACGAAUCCAGAGAUUCGGUGGAUGGACGUCGUUGAAGAGCACUUUACGUCUGUGUCAGUGUCACUGCCAGCGGAGGCUUCGCUGGCGCGGGACACCAUGCAUGCCAGACUGUUGGAUGUCACAACCUCUCUCUGGUGGCCAAUAAGACUAAUUUUUCGUCGAGGACAAGAAGUUGAUGUUUUUUAG